CAUUUCUUUAAUUAAUUGUUUAUUUAUUUAUUUAUUUCUAUUUUCUCUCUUGAACACAUUCCAAUUUUUUAAUCCUCAAAACCCAUAUGAUUUUUUCUCCAGAUUCUCUCUCUACCUGAUCGUCUUCCCCGUAGGAAAAUCUGGUGUUACGAUGGCGACUAGGACUGCUAUGAGAUAUGUAUCUCGCAGGCUUUCAAGCAGUGGCCGAGUACUAAGCGAGGAGGAAAAAGCUGCAGAAAAUGUCUACAUCAAGAAAAAGGAGCAAGAGAAGUUAGAGAAACUCGCUCGUGAGGGCCCAAAACCAGAUAAAACACCUGCAACAGGCUCAGGAGGCUCGGAUUCAAUAUCCGAUGCCAAAUCAAGUGGCCAGACCUCUUCAGCACCCAAAGCAUCGACUGACAACUAUAGAAACUAUGCUGUUGUAGCGGGCAUUGCAACUGCUUUUGCUGCUCUUGGAUGGUAUUAUGGGACGAAGAAGAAGGAACCUGAUCAAGUGCAAGAUUGACUCAAUUUCUCGAAGUAAAUAUGAAGCGACGCCGUGUUUCUGUUGCAUUUUGUUUUAUGGCACAAUUCUCCCUCUGAAUGAGCUCGAUAUAAACCAGAUUAUGUGUCUGAUGACAAUGAGAAGUCGUUGAUGACGUCUAUAUUGCUUAGAUUUCUAAUCACUUAUCUCCGAUAUACUUCUCUUUAUUGGAAUUUUUGGCUUUAAAUGUUUUUUA